AAUCAGCAAUGACUGAGUCAUCAGCCUGCCACACAGUGAUAAAUAUGAGAUCAGAAUAAUCCCCACUUCCAAGAGAGGUAAUUAAGCAAGCUUAAAAUGUAAAGCCACAAACGGCUUUUAAUACAAAAAUAGAUUUCUGCUUGUCCUGCAUAUUGGAUUUCUUCUCUGGCUCCCAGUGAAAUCUACGUUACCUCGCUGUAGGAUUAUGUAAUGAAAACAAAAGCGCAAGUGAAAAUUAUUCAGCCAUUACGGGUUCAUUUCUGCUGUUUUUCUCCCAUUACACAGCAUGUUUCUUAUCCUAUCUGCUAGGAAUUGGUGUCAUCAGUCUGGAGCGGGCCUAUCCUCUCACGCUGGGCUCUAACAUCGGCACCACAGCCACAGCCUUACUAGCAGCUCUGGCCAGUCCUGGGAACAAACUAGCAGCUUCUAUUCAGAUUGCUCUUUGUCACCUCUUCUUCAAUGUUUUUGGCAUCCUGCUGUGGUAUCCUGUCCCAUUCAUGCGUCUGCCCAUAAGGAUGGCUUAUUUUCUGGGUGAGCGCACUGCCAAAUACCGCUGGUUUGCCGUCCUCUACCUCCUCCUCUGUUUCCUGCUCCUACCGUCCCUUGUGCUCGGCCUCUCGAUGGCUGGCUGGCGGGUGAUGGCUGGAGUUGGGGGUCCUUUUUUGGGUGUCACCAUCUUCAUCGCUGCAGUUAACACGAUGCAGGCUCACAGCCCCCGGCGUCUGCCGGCCAAACUUCGGUCCUGGGACUUCCUGCCCAAGUGGAUGCAUUCCCUCAAACCCCUUGACCGCUUGAUCACCAAGGCAACUGUCUGCUGCAGCUUCGCCCGUGAGGCGGGUCGCAACGACGAGGAGGGGGACAAAGAGCGGAUCACACCUCACACGUCGUCUGUCAGAAUGCAGGAUGAGUUUGCUUCGUCUCAGAGGAAAGAAAAGCUGACUUACAAUAACCCAGUUCUGGACUGUUUGGAAGAAAUCAGACCAGGCGUGCCGGUCUUUAAAUUAAAAGGCUUGGAGAGGUGCAACAGUACUCCACUCUAGUUUGACUAAUAAACUUCACUUCGUACUCACCUUUGAAUAUUUCCACAAAAAAUAAUAAUGAAAAAAUAGAAAUGUCAUUUUACUUAAGUCACACAAAAUAUACAUUGGUCAAUAUGAAAUGUUACUUUGUUUCAUUUAUCGUGUAUGC